AUGUCCUGGAAACUACCAAAAUCUCUAAAACGUUGCACCCCACCUCUUUCUCUCACUGCCUGUUCUGCGUGCUUUGCAAGUGAUUUCAGACUCGUUGCACUGUUUUCUGAGCACUUUCCCCCGAGACCUGCAACCCGAGAGCUUACUUUUACCUUCGCCGGAGCUUGCUGACCUGCUAUUUGGGUGCUGUAGAACUCAAAGAGACGCACCUGGGUGCUCCUUCGGCGUCCCGCUCUUCCUCGACUUCCACCAUCACCCCGAACUCUAACGCACAGGCCUCCACCUCCACUCUUGUCGCCAGUGAUGGGACUGUGCCUGCCACAGCCACCUCCACUAACAGUGGCGACGCUGCUCCAACCUCCACUGUGAAGCCGGGGUUGCUCAUUGUGACUCUCCACGAGGCAAAAGGCUUGUCCUUGCCUCCAACACAUCCGGCGUACAAUUCUCAACGCCCGUCUUCCUCCACCUCCAACGGCGCCCCCUCGUCUCGCCCCGGCACCGCCAACUCUGCGGCUCACCAUGGGCACCAACGGGCAAUGUCGAAGCUCUUUAGAACGUACUGUGUCUUGGAGUUUGACAAGACUCAGGUUAUAGUCAAUGCUAACUCCGGGACUCUGGAUUCGCCCAUGUUCUCGGGAUACACAACUCAGUACAAAUUCGAUGUCAGCAGAGAUACCGAUCUGAGUAUCGGAGUAUACAUGCGAAAUCCUGGCUCGGUCGGGAGAGAUGAGGACUUGUUCUUAGGAAGCUGUAGGGUUCAGCCGAGGUUCGAAGAGCCAACUGCCCCGCAGUCCGGAAAGAAGGGGCAACAGCAGCAACCGACUGCGCCAGGAUUUAGUGGUGUUGAUUGGGUACCGUUGAGCAUGUCUACUGGAAGUGUUAGGCUUGGCAUCGAGUACAGGCGUAACCAGGAUAUGCCACUGACAAUUGAUGAUUUUGAAUUGUUGAAAGUUGUUGGGAAAGGUAGUUUUGGGAAGGUCAUGCAGGUCAAGUAAGUCCAGUGAUGAGCUUUCGUCCUAGCUCUUGCCACGCUGGACUAACCUCUUUUCUCUAGGAAGCGGGAUACUCAGCGAGUCUACGCUCUCAAAACCAUCCGAAAAGCCCAUAUUAUCUCGAGAUCAGAAGUCAACCAUACCCUUGCGGAGCGUACUGUUUUGGCGCAGAUCAACAAUCCUUUUAUCGUUCCUCUCAAGUUCUCAUUCCAGUCCCCCGAGAAGCUAUACCUUGUACUUGCCUUUGUCAAUGGGGGAGAGUUGUUUCACCAUCUUCAGAGAGAAGGGAAAUUUGAGAUCAAUCGCUCAAGAUUCUAUACCGCAGAGUUGCUGUGCGCAUUAGAGUGUUUACAUGGGUUUAACGUCAUUUAUAGAGAUUUGAAGCCUGAGAACAUUUUGCUAGAUUACACAGGCCAUAUCGCCUUGUGCGAUUUCGGCCUUUGCAAGCUGAACAUGAAGGAGGCUGACACGACAAACAGUUUGUCCACCGGCUCUGCCCAUAGAUAGAGACUUGCAUGCUGAUCACGUGCGUCACUAGCAUUCUGCGGAACGCCGGAAUAUUUGGCACCGGAGCUUCUCCUCGGACAAGGCUACACCAAGACAGUUGAUUGGUGGACACUCGGUGUCCUGUUGUACGAGAUGUUGACAGGAUUACCGCCAUUCUACGAUGAAAACAUCAACGAGAUGUACCGCAAGAUUCUCCAGGACCCACUCCAAUUCCCGGCGGAUAUCGAUAGAGAUGCGAAGGCUCUGUUGAUUAGACUCUUGGACCGUGACCCGGAGAAGAGACUGGGGGCUAAUGGAGCUGCUGAAAUCAAGGCUAAUAAGUUCUUCGAUACCGUUGAUUGGAAGCGCCUUUUACAGAAGAAGAUUCAGCCAGCCUUUAGGCCAAACGUGGUAUGUAGUAACUAUAAGAAGCUGUGGCCUUGGGCGGGGCUAACAUUCAGUCUUAGUCUAAUGCCAUGGAUACCGCCAAUUUCGAUAAGGAGUUCACGAGUGAGGUUCCCACCGACUCAGUCGUUGAUGGUGACUUUUUGAGUCAAUCUGUGCAACAGCAAUUCACUGGGUGGAGCUACAACCGUCCCGGUCAGUUGGGGAUGGGUGAGCCCGGUAGUGUGCGCGACCCAGGACCUGGCAGUGUAGUCGGUUAGAUUGCAAAUCUAGAGGGGGGGAAUUUGUGUCGGAUUUUCAUUCUUUUGCAGGGGUUAGAUGGGGUUCUUGUAAGAGAUGGAUCAUUUCAUUUUCUUGUGUCUGGUGGGUGGAAUGAUUACUUUGCAGGAAAUGUGUUUUGAGACUUUUUCGCUUCAAUAUUGUGGGGAGGAUUGAAUUGUUUCGGGUGUUUCAUACUCAACAGAGCUACCUAUCCAUAUUGUAUGAUUUUCUGCACGCCAGAGGAACUUGGGGUCAGACGCUAUUUUGCGCUCAUCCUCGGUCGUCGUCGUCCUUUUAUGCCAUAAUCUGGGGGGUUCUUUUUAUAUAUAUAUAUAUAUUUGGUCGUCGGGUUUCAUGGUUUCCUCAUUUCCUCUCCAUUUUUGCCGCCUACAUCUGUGUUGGUUUCCUUCCUUCCUUCCUUCCUUCCUUCCUCUUCUUGGCCCUUUUCAAUUGUUCUUGUUGAGUAUUG